AUGUCCACGACUGACAACCCACAGCCGUCUGCUGAUGAUGAGGCCUAUAAGCUUGUUAGCCGAUUCAUCAAUAUUCAGACUCCCGGCACCACUACUGGGUCUCCACGCUGGUUGCAAGCAGCCGGGUUAAUAGCAGAAACUUGCCCACUGUUACGCGACGUCCUCGAGGCAACGUCAAGAUUAUUUUUGGCGAAGACUAUCAAGGACACGGAAAUAGAACUGGAUGCGCAGCAGAGAUAUGGUUCCGUUCUUAGUCGGGUACAGUCUUCCUUGAGACAGCCGGAUGAAUCAUCAUCUACUUGGCUAUUAUUGUCCAUUGCUGUGGUUACUAUUUUUGAGAUGCUUCAACAGCGAAGUGAGAAUCCUAUUGUUUGUCACUGGGGCGCUCUUCUCACGCUUAUUGAAAAGAGGGGUCCAUUGCGACACGUCCAUGGCAUUGAACGAUGCUUUUUUAUUGAAUUAAGAUUACUUUGGGUUCUAUGGUCAGUAGAAUUUCGCAGACCAACAUUUCUUUCACUGGAAGAAUGGAGGACCAUUCCCUGGACACAAACGGACGUGCAAAAGGAUGCCCUACAACAUCUCUUAGAUACUGUGUUAGAGAUUCCAGCCUUCCUCAGGCAAUGUGAUAGGUAUACCGAGAUGUCAAAUGACCCCUCUAUACCCGCCCAGGAGAGCACACUAAUGAUGCGGAGUAUGCAAUCCUGGGCUUUUAUUCUCAGAAAUCGGCUCCAGCAGUGGAAGGGAGAUUAUGCUGAUGAUUACCCAGCUGGUCAGCCAUACGAGUGCAACCAAAAUGACACACUGCCUAUCUUUCAAUGUUGGAACAGGGAAAGAGACAUCGUUAUUACUCCGACGGCAUUUAUGUAUCCUGACCUAGUCCUUGCGACAAGCCUAUGCAUUUAUAAGGCCAUCCUCCUUAGUCUCAGUAACGAGGUCGUCUCCGCUGAUUUUAUUACUCAAACCAAGAAAUAUUCCUAUGCAUGCGACAUAUGUCGGAGUAUUCAAUUCUAUCUACAGGCAAAUCAUGGAAAUGUGACCAUGCAGAUUCUUUAUCCUCUGCGGAUCGCAUACCAGGUUUUUGAGGAAAGAUCAAUCGAAAGGCAGUUUGUUGAGGAUAUAUCUGAAUUUAUUGUGAAACAGUAUCAUUUCGAGGCAUUCCCCAGUCUAGUUACAGCAACAACUCCGCCCGAUAAUUCUGUGUUAAACCAACAAAUAUAA